AUGGAGCUUAUUCUCACGCUUCGCGAGGCGCGCAACCUCAAGCGCACGCAGCUCCUCGGCGCGCAAGACCCGUACUGCAAUGUGAGCAUCCCCAACAUCUUUGACGCAACCACCGAGGUCCACCACCACGGCGGCUCCAACCCAUGGUGGAACGCAUCGUUCUUGCUCUCCGUGCCCGAGACGAUCCCGUCGGGCCUGACGCUCGCCGUGCACAUCAAGAAUGCCAUGCACGUCCUGCCCGACCGCUCCAUUGGCAUGGCGCGCGUCGACCUCGAUGCGCUCGCGACCGCCCUCGCGACUGACGACAUUUACCACGAGUGGGUCCCCGUCCUCCACAAAGCUCGCCGGCAUUGA